AUGACGGCAUCUAAAUCUGAUAUUCAACGAUUGAUUGAAUGUUCUAUUUGUUGCGAUUAUCUAACUGAUGUUCGCGAAACUCCUUGUUGUCAUCAAUUAUUUUGUUAUACAUGCAUACAAUCAUGGCUUCAAAAAUCAAUGAAAUUCUGUCCAAGAUGUCGAUCAACAUCAUUAACCGAACAAAGUUUAUUAAAAAAUAUUGUCGUACAACGUUUUGUUGAUAAUCUUUUAUUUGAAUGUCCACAUGCAUUACAAGGUUGUACCGCAAAAGUACCAAAAUCUGAUUUAGUAAAACAUAAACGAUCAUGUGAAUAUACACCAGAAAAACUUGCUAUAAAACAGCGAGAAAAAUUAGAAGAUUCACGAGCUAUAUUAUUAAAUUGUAAAGAAGGAAAAAUGCAUGUUACUGAUAAUAUUUUACAUGAUUUAGCAAAAUUAUUUUAUAAUGGACAAGAUUAUGAUAGUGCAAAAGAUUGUUUACAAUUAAUGAAAAAUAAAAAUAGUUCACAAGAAAUUAUUAUUCUUCAAGCACAAAUUGAACGAGAUACAAAUCAUUAUGAUAAAGCUUUAGCAUUAUAUUCAAAAGCAUAUACAUUAGUUAAUUCUAUUUCACAACGUAUUGAAUUACUAUCAGCACGUGGACAUUUAUUAUUUAAAAAAGCUGCAUAUGAAGAAGCAAAAAAUCUUUUUACACAAGCUCUUGAUCUAUUAAAACCAAAUGAUGAAUCACAAAUAAAAGCUGAAAUUCUUAAUUCUCUAGGAUUAAUUCAUAAAAAAUGUUCUGAGUAUGAUGAAGCAAUUUCAGCUUAUAAUAAAGCACUUGAAAUUGUUGAUACAAAUUCAAAUCUAUGGUCGGAUAUUAUUUCAAAUCUUGCUGAUAUUAAUCGUAAAAAGGGAAAUUAUGAUGAAGCAAGAGAACUUUAUUUAAAAUCUCUCAAACAAACUGAAUCAAUCUAUGGACAAAAUCAUCCAAGUAUAGCUGAUAUUAUGAAUAAUCUUGCUAUGUUACUUAAAAAAGAAGGAAAAUAUACCGAAGCAUUAGAUUAUCUUAAACAAGCAUUAAAAAUUUCAAAACAUUUCUAUGGACAACAACAUCCAACUGUUGGAAUAUAUUUAACAAAUGUUGGAGAUAUUUAUCGAAAACAAGGUCAAUUUAAAACAGCUGAAGCAACUUAUAAAGAAGCUUUGACUGCUUUAGAAGAUUCCUAUGGACCAGGUCAUAUUGAAGUAGCUGAAGUACUUAAUUCAAUGGGUUUAGUUUUAAAAAAACGAGCUGAAUACGAUGGUGCAGAAAAAUUAUAUAAACGUGCUAUUAAAAUAGUACAUGAUACAUUUGGUCAUGAUGUUGAACAUUACAAAUUAGGUAUUUAUUAUAAUAAUUUAGCUGAUCUCGAUCGAAAACGUAAUAGAUAUGAUAAUGCAUUAAAACUUUAUCAACGUGCACUUACUGCUAUUGAACAAACACUUGGCCCGCAACAUUCCGAAGCUGCAGAAAUUUUGCAUAAUAUUGGACAAGUUUAUCAUCAACUUGGUAAUUAUAAACAAGCAAUUGAAUAUAUCAAUCGAGCAUUAAUGAUUAUAAAAAAAGAAUUUAGUGAUAAACAUUAUAAAUAUGGUAUGUUUCUUAAUUCUCUUGGUCUUGUAUAUGCAAUGAUGAAUGAUUAUCGAAUGGCAUAUAUACAUUUAAAACAAUCAUUACAAAUUCUUAUAAAUAGUUUAGGUCCAGAUCAUAUUGAAGUAUGUGAUGUUUAUUCAAAUUUAGGUGAAAUUUGUGUGAAAUUUGUAACGGAAAUGUGCCAAGAAAAACAACCAAAUCAAAAUGAAAAACAAUCAAAAUUAGAUGAAGGAAAAAAACAUAUUUUAGAAGCACAACGAAUUGUGCAAGCAACAUUUGGUAGUGAACAUACAAAAGCCAUUCAAUUUAUGUCACUUUUAUUUAUUAUUGAAAAUUUUCAUUCUUUGUGCAAAGUUUAA